CCUUUCCCAGAGUUCCCACCCCUGACACUGCCACUCCCAAUCCUAUAAGAACCCCCCUCCCUCUCGGUCAGAGAUGCUUUCCUCACCCAACAAAGUUCCAACAAUCCGAACUCGCAACCUUUAGCCUCGCUUCACAGCACUCAAGUCCCUUCUCAGCUUUCUCAACUUUUGCUUCGCGACAACUCUCUACAAACUUUCUCUAUCUUCUCGAUACCGAAACAACUCUCAACAACAAUAAUCAACAUGCAGUUCUCCAUCAAGACCAUUUCUGCCGUUCUCGUCGCUGCUGUGGCCGCUACCCACGCCGCUCCUACCACCUCCGGCGCUGACCCCCUCAACGGCGGUGCUUACGCCUACGGAGCGUCUCCCUUCCCCGGACUCGCCUACGGUGCCAGUGUUCUCAUCUCCAACAUCCUCUCUGACAACACUCUCUGCCCUCUCGUCCAGUACCUCGCCGAUGGACCCGGUAACAUCCUCAAUGAUGUUACCGGCAACUUGGUCCCGGCUUUGACCGGUGGAUUGUUGAAUAGUCAGGCGUUGUACUCUGUCAACACCUUGGUCGACACCGUCUACGGCUUGGACGAGGCUGUCGGUGCCUCUUUGUUCGGUAUCUUGCCGACUUGUUUCACCAACACGGCUUACUGCACCAACCAGAUCUCCCGCGCCUUGAAGGCCUCCUCCCAGGGUGAGGAAUCCGAGACGGAGGAUGCGUGUAAGACCGCCUUCUACAUCUGCGAGCCCAACGUCUCUCCCUCCCAGGUCGCCGAGAAGGCUCCGUGCUGGUAUGUUUGUUCCCCCCCCAUUCCUUCUCUUAUCCCGUCCCUUCUUCUGACAUGCUUCGAACAGUUCUCCUUACGUUCCCCCCUGUACCGACGGCCAGGGUAACGCUCAGCACUGUUAAGUGGGCAUGGCUCUUGAUUGCAUAUACUGGGCGUUUCGUUUUCUACAUC